CAGUCGGAUUUUCAGUUAUUGUAGUUUAUUGUUGUAUGAGUACAAACCGACACAGCCGGAUUUUCAGUUCUUCAAAAUGGAUUUCAAAUAUGGAAGCUUGUUUGUGUUGGGACUGUUAGCGAUAUCCGGCGUGUGCUCGGGUGCUCGGGCUCGCUUCCGAAGCAGUUCCUAUCGAAGUUCUGGGUCAAGUGUUGCCUCUAGCGGCGACGGGUUCAUCGCUGGCAUGGUGAUUUUGGGGAUUGUGGGCGCUGCAGUCAUUGCCUUGGUCAUCAUUUGCCUUCUGAAGAAAAAAGGCAUCAUUUGCGCCUCACCAAAAGUGACCUCUACGCCCAGCUCUGGUAUCAACAUUGUGGACAAGAAAGACCUGACCGACAACUACUCCACGGGGUUUGUCAACCCACCCCCACCGCCCACAUACUCUGCUGUGUAUCCCCCGUCAUACUCAAACGGAAAUGUGUCCGCGCCCGACCCCGCCUACCCACCAACAGCGAAUAUGCCCAACUGAGGGUCGCCAAUAAACAUUGUCGAAAAAAGCAUAGGCGCUCGAUGGCAGUGUUUUUAUAUUUAUUUAUUUAUUUUAUAUAUUG